UCAACUUAUCCUUCAAGAAGAACAAGAUGGUGAAGAUUGCUUUGAUUGUAUUUUCAUUAGUCCUAGUCCACUGGAUCCAAUUCCCAAUAAGCAAAGCUGAAAAAACUGAAGAUGGGAAUAUCGAAGGCCCUGGUGACUUGGAGAAAUCAGUGUUACUGGCUGAUAAACAUCAUUCCACUAAACAAGCGAAGGAGAAAGAGGGUGUUGAGAACGUAUUAAAAAAGGAAAAAGAUGGUGUUGGUAGUGGUAGUGGUAGUGGGAAGACUAAAGAAACAGAGAAAACUGAAGGUGCAAAGGCUAAGAAAGAAGAGGAUGGUAGUAGCCAAAAAGAGGGUGUUGGAGGUGCAAAGGCUAAAGAAAAAGAGGAAGAAAGAGAUGGUGGUGCAAAGCCUAAGAAGGGGAAGGCUAAAGAAAAGGAUAGUGGCAACGAUGCAAAGAUUAAAGAAAAAGAGAAUGAUGACGAUGACGAUGAACAUACAAAAAAGAAAAAGAGUGACGGUGGUGCAAAGGCUAAGAAAGAAAAGCGUCGUGGCAAUGUCAAGGCUAAAGAAAAAGAGAGUGAUGACGGUGCCAAGGCUAAAGAAAAAGAGAGUGAUGAUCAAGAAAAGAAAGGGCGCUGGUAGUGAAAAGGUUAAAGAGGCUAAAGAAAAUGGGAGUGAUAAUGAACACACUCAUAAUGAACUGAAAAAACAAAGAGGUGGUGCCGGCAGAGGAAAGACAAAAGAUAAAGAGAGCAGUGAUACUGAACCCUCUCAUAAUGAAUCAAAAAAACAAAAGAAUGAUGUUGGUAGUAGAAAGAAUAUCCGUGAUGCGCAAGCCAAAUUUAAUCUCUAAUCACAUUAAGUAAUGCACUUAUAUUGUAUGAUAAAUUUUU